AGUGCUACCUUAUUUGAAGUGGCUGUAUGAAUUGGGUUAACAUUGAUUUAUACAGCACAAUAAGUUUUAAGUGGUAAAAGUUGACUCAAUGUUGGGUUUCCAUUGCACAAAAUAUAAAAAAAUCGGCAAUCAGAAGCUCAAUAAUUGAAUCGGUUUCAUGCUCUUACCAUGCAACACGACUGGUACAGCAGGGCAUAAUUCAGAACCAAAUGUAAUUCUGCUAUGUCAAACUCAAUUGAUUCAGACGUCAAACUGAUUAUGUGCCAAAUCAAAGAAAAUCAAUUCGACAUGGCAUUCAACUUAUGAAACAGGAUGUAUAAAUGGGGCCUACGACUACGUAAGUCCUGCUGCGAAAGCGCAACACCCCCUGCAUCAAGUCCUCACAACCUAUUUAAGAUGGGUUCUGCUCUAGGAGGAGCUAUGAAAGAGACAAUGGAUGAAAAUAUGAAGAAAAACCAGGAGUUCAUGCUAGCCUCCCAGAAACUCCAGAUGGCAAGACAGCUGCAGAUGCAAAAUCUGAUGCGUGAAAAGCAGAUGUCCAUGAUGUUGGCUGGAUCUAGGGAAAUGUUCACAUGGAUUGCCUCAUUCUACAGUUUAGCAACUCUUGGCAUGUUUGCAGGGUUUUUAAGAACUAAGAAGCCGUCUGUAGUAGUACCAUUUCUUCCUUUAUCAUUCAUUGUCGCCUAUCAGUAUGACUACUGUUAUGGACACAAGAUAGACAGAAUAAGAGCUGAGGCAGAGCGAAUCCUGGAGAAGGAGCACGUUCUUCUUAGCAUGCCAGAAGGAAUGCCGACCUUUGAAGACAUUGAGAAUGCCAGGAAAGCAGCAGAAGGAGAGGACAAAUAAGUUAAACGCUUAAAAUAACUGAAAGAAAGUUAAUGCCUUUCUUUUUUUCUGUCGCUUGACUAGGCACCGUUUUUACAACUGCUGUUAACUGAAAAUAUUUUAUCUCAAACCUACAGCAUAAAAUCUUAAAAAGGUAAAUCUUAAAGAGGUAACCAACUGGGUUACUCUUAUAAUGUAAAUUAUUAGUUCUCUUUCGAGCAGGGCCGGUACUAAGUGUUACAGAUGUCUUCUAGUGUUCGCCAAAAGCAAACGUUGAGGUUUGCGGUAUCGCGAUAUCUGAGAUGCAUUUUAUUAGAUUAUUUUGCUACUGUAGUUCCUGUGAAAAAUAUUGUGAUAAGAGGACUUUAAGACGUCGAAUCUAACAUUUUUGUACGUAAACGACCUUGUUUGGUCGUGGAGAGGAUAACUUGAUGAUGCUUCCCUCAUGAAGAAAUAACUGUAGUAUCGCUUGAAGUUAAUAAAAAGCGUUGGCUGUAGAAAAAAGACCACGCCCCCUCAAAA